AAAAGUCAUGAAAGCAAGUUACGAUUGUUAUAUACAAUUAAAAUGAUUACACAGGUGAUUCAUAUACUUGAACAUUUUCGCGAUUGUAAUCAGAUAUACUAUUUUUAAAACGUAAAUACAUGCUCUCUUAUCUUUGGACAUUGAAGGUGCAACGAUGUUCGUUCAAACAAAAAUUACCGUAUUUAUAACUAUAAACUAAUCUCUCCACUGUCACAUAUUACGCAAUUUAUAAUCAUUUACACUGGUAUAUAAAGCAAUUACAUUCAAUACUGGCAAAAUUAAAUUCAAUAGUUGCGAAGCUCGACAACGACUCACUCCUCAAAAUGAAGAUCUACGUGUUCACCCUUUUGGUUGUGGCUGCGGUCACUUUCGCGCGCCAACUUCCCGUCAAAGAUUUAAAUAAAGAUGAAGUGCUCGUGGACAUCGCGUAUUGGCCGGUGAUAUAUGGAGGCGAAUCCGUGGAAGAACACCAUCGCGAACGUAGGAUCACCUGUGACCUUCUCGAUGGUACAGGUGUUGGUCACAGCGCUUGUGCUGCUAACUGUAUCGCCAGAAAUCGCAGAGGAGGACAUUGUAACAGCAAAGGUGUUUGCGUAUGCCGCAAGGACAAAUGGAUUGGUUAAUCUUGACUGCGGUAAUUGCUCACCUAAGGAGAAGAUUGGGUUGGAAUUUUGACCGAUG